UUUGCACAGAUGGUCCUGACCACAACACAUGCUCUCUAGGGUCUUUAAAUUCAUGGCUUAUUUGUCUUCCCUUACCUUGGAUCCCAAGAAGUACAACUAAAUCACCUGGAAGGAGCCUGAGUUCCUGAUGGUCUCUUGCCUUGAAGUUAGAUUUGAUGCCAUGGAGGGACAGACCCCAGGAAGUCAAUACCUUUUGGAAAAGCCGUUCCCAGUGGCCACCAACUCUGGCCUGUCCUCACUAGGUGCCAUCUUCAUUCUCCUGAAAUCUGCGUUGGGGGCUGGCCUGCUCAACUUCCCCUGGGCCUUCCACAAGGCGGGUGGAGUGGCCCCUACCCUCUUGGUGGAGCUGGUUUCCUUGGUCUUCCUGAUUAGUGGACUGGUCAUCCUGGCCUAUGCCACCUCCGUCAGUGGCCAGACCACCUACCAGGGUGUGGUCACAGGGCUGUGUGGCCCCUUCAUGGGGAAGCUGUGUGAGGUCUGCUUCAUUGUCAACCUGCUCAUGAUCUCUGUGGCCUUCCUCAGGGUGAUUGGGGACCAACUGGAGAAGUUGUGUGACUUCCUCCUGUCCAGCACCCCAGCAGCCCUGCAGCCCUGGUACACAGACCAGCGCUUCACUUUGACCCUGCUCUCCGUGCUAGUCAUCCUGCCCCUGUCCAGCCCUCGGGAGAUUGGCUUCCAGAAACAUACCAGCCUCCUAGGCACAUUGGCCGCCUGCUACCUAACCCUGGCUGUUGUGGUCCAGUACUAUCUCCGCCCCCAACACCUCAUCCAGGAACCCCGCCCUGAACUAAGCCCUUCCUGGACCUCAUUGUUCAGUGUCUUCCCCACCAUCUGCUUCGGCUUCCAGUGUCACGAGGCUGCUGUGUCCAUCUACAGCAGCAUGCGCCACCAGGGCCUGUGGCACUGGGCCCUGGUCUCUGUGCUGUCCCUGCUGGCCUGCUGCCUCAUCUACUCACUGACAGGGGUUUACGGUUUCCUGACCUUCAGGGCUGAAGUUUCCACAGACAUUCUGAUGUCCUACCCGGGCGAUGACGUGGUCAUCAUCGUGGCCCGAGUACUCUUUGCUGUCUCCAUCGUGACUGUCUACCCCAUCGUGCUCUUCCUGGGGAGGUCAGUGAUGCAGGAUUUCUGGAGGAGGUGCUGCCACUGGGUGUGCACGUGUGGAGCCCUGGCUGACCCCAUGGGGCUGUGGGUCCGCAUACCACUGACCAUCCUGUGGGUCACUGUGACCCUCACCAUGGCCCUUUUCCUGCCUGACCUCGGCAAGAUCAUCAGCCUCAUUGGUGGCAUCAGCUCCUUCUUCAUCUUCAUCUUCCCAGGGCUGUGCCUCAUCUGUGCCAUUGGCAUCGAACCCAUAAGACCGAGAGUCAAGUGUGGCCUAGAGGCGUGGGGAGUGGUCUCCGUGCUCGUGGGCACCUUCAUCUUCGGGCAGAGCACAGUGGAGGCCGUCCUGGAGCUCUUCUGAGGGACCCUGGGUGGCUCCCUGUCAGCCCUGAACCCCCUGCUAUCUCAUCAUAAAAAUGCUGGAGGCACCAUCACUGUCUGCUCAGCCUUCACUGUGGCUUCUGCUGGUUUGGGGUGGGAUUCUGGUGCCCUGGCAAUGGGGGGAGUGCCUGCAGGAUGUUGGAGCAAGUAAUGUGUCCUCCCAUUCCUGGAGGUCAGGAGUCCAAGUUCAAGGUUGCAGUGGGUCCAAGCUCCCUCUGUAGGCUCUAGAGGAGGGUCCUCCCUGCCCCUUCAGCUCUUGGCAAUUUCUGACCAUUUUUCCUUUUCUCUGGCCUGUGGGUGCACCAUUCUGUCCCUGCCUCCACCUUUACAUGGCUGUCUUCCCUGUGUCUGUUUAACCUUCCUUCGUCUCUUAAAAUUCCUGUUGUUGGGUUUGGGUCCCUCCCCUUCCCAAUCCAGUGUGACUUACUGAUACUUCAUUUUCACUUAGUUAGGAUCUGCAAAAACCCAGUGUCCAGGUAAGGUCAGGAUCAUAGGUUCUAAGGGUUACAACUUCAACUUACCUUUUUGGGGGACAUAGUUCAGCCCGUAACAGUGAGGUUUCUACCAACUAAGGCCCAGAGUUUCCUGCUUUGAGGGGUUGGGGUCAAAGACAGGACAAGGGCAGUGUUCAGUGGUGACAGCCAAAGGAGGUUUAAGGAAUUGUUUGCUUGGGGUUGUGGGUGGACUCAAAGUGACCCCCAGGUUGGAGAAGUCCUGAAAUCCUGCCGUAGACUACAGAGGUCUGCCCAGAGCUGCCACACACAAACCAGAGCACCUUCUCCUCCCCUGGUGAGGCUGGAGGCACCUGGGAGUAAAAUGGACUGCUUGCUCUGUUCUCCUCCCUGGCACUGGAGUCAACAGCUGGGAGUGAGAAGACAAGACAGGGCGAGGGGCCCACCCAGCAGCCCUAAGACACUGUGCUUGUUGGUACCGACCCGGCACAUGGGGUUGGGGCACCUAGGAUGCUGCACGAUCCAACCCUGCCGCAUGGAAGCCCCUGAUCCUGGAAUAAGUGCUGCCAGACCA